AUGAACCUGAAAUCUGAACGCAGAGGAAUUCACGUUGAUCAGUCAGAGCUACUGUGCAAGAAGGGAUGUGGUUACUAUGGCAAUCCUGCUUGGCAGGGAUUUUGCUCCAAGUGCUGGAGAGAGGAAUACCAUAAGGCCAGGCAGAAACAGAUUCAAGAGGAUUGGGAGCUGGCAGAGCGGCUUCAGCGCGAGGAGGAAGAAGCGUAUGCCAGUAGUCAGAGUACCCAAGGGGCGCAGUCGCUGACCUUUUCAAAAUUUGAAGAAAAGAAAACCAAUGAGAAAACACGAAAGGUCACUACUGUGAAGAAGUUCUUCACUGCUUCUUCCAGAACAGGAGCUAAGAAGGUGGCUCAAGAGAAAAUCGCUAAGCAAGGACAGCUUGGGAGGGAGCGAAAUGCUGAUAACAUUCUCAGGGAUUUGAAGGAAAUUUUUACUCCCUCCUGGGAACUGGCUUCCCCUACUGAAGUCUUGGCUGGCAAGCUGAAAGAGAUCCAAGAAGCCAAGGCUCCCAGCCCUUCCAUAAACAGGCAGGCCAGCAUCGAGACAGACCGAGUAUCCAAGGAAUUCAUAGAAUUUCUCAAGACGUACCAUAAACCUGGACAAGAUAUCUAUAAGCAAUGUAAACUAUUUUUGGACACAAUGAAUCAUAAAAGGGACUUAAGUAUUGAGGAGCAAUCUGAAUGUGCCCAGGACUUCUAUCAAAAUGUAGCAGAGAAGUUACAGACACGGUGGAAAGUGCCCCCUGAAAAAGUUGAGAAAGCAAUGGAUCAGAUUGAAAAAUAUAUUAUGACUCGACAGUAUAAAUAUGUCUUUUGCCCUGAAACAACUGAUGAUGAGAAGAAAGAUCUUGCUGUCCAAAAGAGAAUCAGGGCUUUGCACUGGGUAACUCCACAAAUGCUGUGUGUUCCUGUCAAUGAAGAAAUUCCAGAAGUCUCUGAUAUGGUUGUAAAAGCAAUUACAGAUAUUAUCGAAAUGGAUUCAAAGCGUGUCCCUCGUGAUAAAUUAGCAUGCAUCACCAAGUGCAGCAAGCAUAUAUUUAAUGCUAUUAAAAUCACAAAAAAUGAACCAGCUUCUGCUGAUGACUUUCUUCCAACACUUAUAUACAUUGUUUUGAAGGGAAACCCACCCCGCCUGCAGUCUAACAUCCAAUAUAUAACACGCUUCUGUAAUCCAAGCAGGUUAAUGACAGGAGAAGACGGCUACUAUUUUACCAAUCUGUGCUGUGCUGUGGCCUUCAUUGAAAAACUGGAUGCUCAGUCUUUAAAUCUAAGCCAAGAAGAUUUUGAUCGUUUUAUGACUGGUCAGACAUCCCCGAAGAAGCAAGAAUCCGACAGUUUUUCGCCUGAUGUGUGCCUGGGUGUUAAGCAAAUGUAUAAAAACUUAGACCUACUAUCUCAGUUGAAUGAGAGACAGGAAAGAAUUGUCAACGAAGCCAAGAAGCUUGAGAAAGACCUAAUAGAUUGGACUGAUGGAAUUACAAAGGAAGUCCAAGAUAUUGUAGAGAAAUAUCCAUUAGAAAUAAAACCAAAAAAUCAAGCCUUAGCAGCUAUUGACUCUGAAAACGUGGAGAAUGACAAGCUACCCCCACCACUGCAGCCUCAGGUUUAUGCAGGAUAAUUAUCAGUGUUAACUUUGAAAAGCAUCAUUAUCCUCACCUAGUACUAUCUGCUCCUUGGGAAGGGAAGUAAAUUUAAGGCUAAAAAUGAAAUGAGCUUAAAUCAGUACAUUUUUAAAGGUACUUUUUUUUUUCUUGAGUGUAUUGUUAAUUGUAUUUAUUUUAGUUAAGUAGAUUUCUAUUAGGCUUUUGUGGGUUUUGAACUGAAUUGAAAUUUUCUACACAAACCGGUGUAAUUUUUAAGCAACACUAGUCCCUUGACAUCUUUCCUGA